GUACAGUAACAGAGGGCCGUAUGUGGGGCUUGGAGAUGCCUUCCAGGCCACGCCCACCUGCAGAAGCUAUAGAUGUUGGGGUUUCAGUGGUCCCCCUCUUCACAGCGAGGACGUCCGACAGCUGAACAAGUCCUAAGUUCGACCGACCAACUGCAGGGAGAGGCUCUUAGUGAAGUUGUCCAGCACCUGGUCGCUCCUCAUCCUUUAAAUCUGCGCCCCAUCUUCAUCUCCAGGCUAAUCCCAGAGGCUCCAUCCUCGCCUUCAUCCUCGUCUCCUGCAAGCUGAAGCUUUGAGAGGUCAUGCCGGGCAUCGCUCCCCUCCUCCGAGUCCUCCUGCUGCUGCUUGAGGGCACGACUCUCCUCAGCGGCAUCCCUGCACAGAGGAUCAGAGUGCGUCGACAGAACAUGAAGGUUCGAAUCAACGCCACUGGUGACACCAUUGUGAUGAAGUUUGUGCGUCCAAGUCCAGAUGUGAAGUUAGAGGGUUAUAUUCUGGGUUACGGCAGCAGCAUGUUCUCCAAACAGUUCAUCCAGCUUCCUGAAAACGGACAGCCCUACGAGACUGAGAUGGAUGCAGAACCAAAGUACCUGGUGGCCGUCCAACCAAUCCCAGCUAACGAUGUGAAGAAACAUUGCACAGGUAAAGUGAACCUGGAGAAGCCGCUUCACCUGGUGAUUGGUUCCAUUAGCCCGACCGCUGUGCUACUGUCCUGGGGAAACUAUCUGAAGACACCCUAUGAAGGGAACAUCAUGAACGAAUGUCUGGAAGACGGAUUCUACACUAUCCGCUACAGAGAGAGAAACAGGAAUUGGAUCUACCAGACAUGCCCAACAAGCGACACAGUCAUUGAUAACCUGAAACCCAACACGCCUUAUGAGUUUGGCGUCCGCUCCAACAAGGAUGACCGCAGUGGCACAUGGAGCAAACCGGUCAUCCACAACACCAGCAUGGGCAAUAAAAAUAGACAGAAGUCAUACAAGCCGCGUAACAGUCCUCCAGUCAAGCUGGGGACGCCCCUCUUUGCUCCUCGUUAUGCCCUGCACAACGGAACGGGCCCUCGAACGCCUACUUUGUUCAAAAACCCAGGGUUCCCUGGAGCUCCACGCACGUCCUUUGCACCUCCUGAGAGCCAGCAGGAAACUAUCCCUGUGCCUGGCUCAUCUGAGCCCAAAUUUCCUCACGUGUCCCCCGAAAAAGGAAACACAAUUAGAAACAACACCACCCAACCAGCGGAUAUUCCCACUCCUGCCCUCCCCAAACUUCUGUCCACCAAAGCCCCCCAUGCCAACAUCACAGCCGUCCUUCUUACUAAGUUAGCCUCCAGAGGUGACUCCAUUCAUGUGCAAACCACUAAGGCACCCACUAGUGCACCUGAGAAGCCUCGUAACCCCACUGCUGUUGGUAAAUCACAGGACGGCUCAUCACUGCUGAGAUCAGCACUGGCCAAUGAGCGGGCCAAAACUAACACAUGGGGUCAAGGAAACAAAAGAAAUCUCACUCCAUCGCUGCCCUUGCAGCCCUACAACCCAGCAGCUACCACAGUUACCGGAUCCAUGAGGCCUGCAUCGAGAAACCCUCUCUUUCCCUUCUCUAAUGGCUUCAGACAGCCCCACUCCCCCUCCUCUAGAUCGAGUAACUCAUCCCCAACUUCAGGGAAACUUGGGGUAAAUGGACAACCACACCGGGGCAUUUCCCCACCUAAACCGGCCAUAUGGUCCCGACCUCGAUUGGGAUCUCCUGCUCGUCCAGCCAUACAGAUCAACAAGAAGCCAAAUUUGGUUGGAAAACCUGGAGAAACGGACAAAGUUAACAACUUCAAACAGAAUGAUAAACUGCCAGUCCUGAAACCCAAAGUACCAGCAGUGACCGCCAAGCCGAUCAAACAAGAACGGAAACAGACCACAACUGCAACACCAACUACUACUGCACCUCGACAGGAGUCAUGGGAGGAGUCAGAUCUUUUUAAAUCACAGCCAUCCUCUGAGAUUGACGCCAUGGGCAAAAAACGUUACGUAGCACCUCAUGUCAUCUACAAAACUGGAAAGAAACCAGAUGAGCCUUGCUCUAUUACCUCUUCCCUCAACUACUUUCCCGAAGAUGAACCCAGUGAGACAAAUGUGACAUCACCACCAAAGACUCCACCCUCCAACCUCACUGUGGUGACAGUGGAGGGAUGCCCAUCUUUCAUCAUCUUGGACUGGGAGAAGACUGACAAUGAAACCACUGAGUACGAAGUCAUCUCCACUGCUAAAGGCCCAGAUGGAGAACAGGUUUCCAUCCUGACUACAAACCAGACUCAUACUGCCGUAGAGAACCUCAAACCUGAGAGCAGUUACGAGUUCAAGGUGAAGCCAAGGAAUGAGCUGGGCUCAGGUCCUCCCAGUGAACCAGUGACCUUCAACACAGAGUCGGCGGACCCCAGAGUGAGUGAGAACGUUUCAGGAAAAGAUGCCAUCUGGACUCAGUUCCCCUUCAAGACAGACUCAUACUCUGACUGCCAUGGCAAACAGUAUGUGAAGAGGACCUGGUACCGCAAGUUUGUUGGUGUACAGCUAUGCAACUCACUUAGGUACAAGAUCUACCUGAGUGAAACACUCAACGGUAAAUUCUACAAUAUUGGAGAUCAGACUGGCUUUGGUGAGGAUCACUGUCAGUUCGUUGACUCAUUCCUGGAUGGGCGAACGGGCAGACAGCUCAGAGCUGACCAGCUCCCAUCCAGACAAGGUUUCUACAGAGCAUUGCGUCAAGAACCUGUCCACUUUGGAGAAAUAGGAGGACAUUCUCAUGUCAAUUACGUCUCAUGGUAUGAGUGUGGAACACCCAUUCCUGGCAAAUGGUAGACGAACAGUCAUCCUCACAGAGGCCUAUGAUGGGAUUUGUUGCCAAAGUUUGGAUGGCUAAGCCGUGCCUCUGAAUUCUCUCAACCAUGUUACUCAAUGCUGUAAAAAUGUACAGGAUAUACUUGUCAGGGACUUUGUAAGGAGAGAGCAUUCAUCAUAAAUGAUAUAGCAACCAUGCCUCAUUUUUAAUAUUUAUCUAGCAGCAAGGCUAAAGUGAUGUUAGAACAUGAAGAUUCAUAGAGGUAUCGUUUCUCUGACUCAUGCUAGAUAUAUUUUAUUUUGUGUUGAAAUAAUGGGAAGCUGGCUCCCUGGAUUACUAUUUUCAUAACUUGUGAGAUGUUAUUUAUCAAAAAGUCUUUGAUUGCAUUGCUUCACGAGGGCCACAGGUGGGAAUUCACAGGAGUUAUUUUUUUUCUUUUAAAGAAAUGCCAUAAAAAGUAAUUCAAGUGAGAGGUUUUAAAAGAUACCAUCCUGCUUCACAUUCAUCCAUCGGCAACUGGCAGUCACCCAUAUCACCAGUCUUUAACCAAUGCUUCACUAGUUAGUGUGGAAAAUACAGACAGCAUCAUGUGUGAUAAAUUUACUGGAUAUCAGCAAUGAGAAACCUAUUUUAAACAUUAAAAGUAAAUAAUGUAUUUGAUAAUAUAAAUACCAAAUAAUGUACUUUCUGCUCUGAAAGGUGCCCCAAAAAUACAGUACGGUGAUAUUUUUCGGGAACUAAGUUAGCAUUGUAGGUGACUAAUCCAGCUUUGUGAAUCUGCUGUUCUGUAAUUAAUUUUCAUUAUGAAUUAAUCUGCCAGUUAUUUUUGAUUAGCCAAAUUAGUCAUAAAAAAUAAAAAAGUAAAAAAUAGCCCAUCCAAUUUCUGAAACACAUAUUUAGCUUACUGUCAUAUAAUUCUUAUAUUUAAGAAGCAGCAAAUGUUUUACUUGAAAAUAGACAAACAAUUAAUUGAUUGUCCAUUAACUGAUCUAUUAAUGGAGAAAGAGCUGCGGCUUUUAUCAUUGUCCUUUAAAGUAAAUAUCAAGCAGGCCUGAGUUUGGUGCUUUAAACUACAUUUUUAGGUGAAAUGCCUAAAAUUCAUGCUUUACAUGUCAAUACGUUGGAUGUGUUGACUGAACGCUGAGCUUCAGUGAGAGGCUUCUACACUUGCAUUUUGCACAGCAGAAAUGUAUUUAUAUGUAUAUGGAGAGAAUGUAUUUUUUUUUUCAGUACAUUUUUGCAGAUGCAUUUCUCUCACCAUGGCCAAAAAAAAAAAGAAAAAAAAACAAAUGGUACUAUAAUAUGCUCUUCUUUGUCCUUCCUCAUGCUAGAGCAUGGUGGGAAAGUAAUAUUGCUGCCUGAUUGCAAGUCAAAAGCAGAAUUAUUUACAUUUUAAUAACCAAAUUACGUUUAAAGAUUUUAUUUCUAGUUAGGUAGGGUUAAAAUAUUCAAAUGGGAAAUUAACUUGUUAACUGGUCCUAAAGAUGGAAACUAAUUGCCAUCUGAUGCCUGGUUAAUCACAUAAAACAUUUCCCUAAAUACAGUCUCUUUCUGUAUUUUACCAAAUUAACUUAUUGGAGCCAUAGUUGCCCUGGUGGUUUUUCAAGCUCAACAACAGACCCAGUCAUGCAGGCCUAGCAACCCAUCACAUGGGAACCACCAGUUACUAGGGAAAAAUAUUGGAGAGUGGUUGCUGGAUGUCACUGGCUGAACCUGGUAACAAAGUAGGCACUGCUCCAAAAGCCUACAGGACCUAUAGAUUGGCAUGGAAGAUGCCAACAUGCUUGCAAACACUCUUAAAAUAUUUUUCCCUAGCAAGCAGUCUAUAGGUCUGUGAGACUAAAGCCUAAAGUAGGGGCAGCGAUAGCUAGAUCAGGAACGCUAUGAGUAUCUGUUUCCUUGAGUAGCUAGACAACUAAUCUGUAUGCAGUCCUCAAAGGAAACCUCAGACACCAGUUUUAUUCACUUACACUAUUUGUCACAAUCAGAUAGUUGCGGGAACAAUGAGCCAUCUGGCUCAGAACUCAGACAUUUCAGUCUUUAAAGGGUUUGUAUAUAUCUUCUUAUGGAAAUUAUGCAUGAAAAUAAAUCCUGUUGUAUUGUUUGUGAUAUGUUUAGCAACACAUAAGAAAGGCAUUAAUAACUGAAAUAGAAAGAUACCAUUUUUAACAAUUUUUAACGAAAGUAAAGUUUCAUCAAAACAAAUUUAAUGACCCAAUGAACAACAAAAAUGUCUGAGACAAAAUCUGAUCAUAAUAACAACAUUAGUAAGAAAACAGUAAUAGAUAACUAUAAUGUGGCUGAAAUGUUCUAAUGAUGUUCUGAUGGCUAGCAAAUCCAGAAAUAUCUGCAUUAAACAUGCUGUUUACUUAGCUGCCAUCUCUAGAUGUUGGUUAAGUUAGAAAAAGUAAUGGAGUGCCAUGAUCUGCCGUUCUACGUGUCUUCAAAUGGGCAUUUCUUUAAGGGCACCUAGUCUGCAUUUUCUUACCUGUCAUAUGAAUAUAACAUUAAGAUGCUGAAUGUUAAUAUUACGAGUCACCAGGUUUCAAAGAAUGAGGUUCAAGUAAUCCUUCUAAGCCAAAAGCUCAGCUUUUAAACUACUCUGAGUAGUCAGUACAACCAAUACCAGACAGUAUAACUCUGUCAACAGGCUUCCAAAUGUUGGCCAAUCAGAAGAAAGAAGGGGGAAUGGAGUUGUUAGAAAUGCUUAACAACUCACUUAAUGAACUGAUGGGGUUCAUUAAAAGGAGAGCUUUAUGAAGGGCAAAUAUAAGUAUCGAUUUUUAUUUGAACUGUGAAUCAUGCAAAGCUACUCUAGUAGAGCCAAGAAAAGAAGCAGAGUGCUGAAAAUGAGCAGACUAGGUACCCGUUCAAUUAGUCGCAGUGUGUGUUGUAAUAUAAAUUUUCUCACUGGCAGGAAACAGAUUACAUGACUGUGGUAUCUGAGAAGUGCAGUAAUGAAAGUCACAGAUUAGGGCUAUUAACUAAAUUGCUAAUCUAUCUUUAUAAUACUUAAGGCUGCCCUUAACUUCCUGUCCUUCCACCAGCCUCAAACUUACCUACUGUCACACUAAUAAUAUAUGGUGGAGUGAUGGAGGCAGAGACAGUAGAGAGCAGUGAUAUAAUACAGCAUUAGCAGGGUGUUUUCCGAUUCUUCCACACAGUGUUGCGCAGUCCUGCUUAGAUGCUGUUUCCUGACAAUAAAGCAGUGUACUGUGCCUUUACCUUCCAGCUGCAAUCCUGACCGCCUUCAUUUAUAAAGCCCAUUAUUAUAAAGCAGGGAUCAUUUAAAACAGAUGAGUGCUUUGUAAGGAAAAAUAAGAAUGUAUUGCUGUUGAUGUUUUUCUACAUACGUUUGUUUCUAUAUUGAUUUUUAACAAUAAAGAAGUU